AGAGGUCAUAGUUGGCCUUCAAGAUGGCGGCUCUCUGUGUGCUGGCGUCCGGCUGUGGGCGGCUGUUCCGAGGGCUCCUGGCAAGCCCGGCCGCGACCAGCUGGGCUCGGCCUCCACAUCGCGGGUUCAGAGAAGUGGUGGAGAUCCAAGAAGGGAAGACAACUAUAAUUGAAGGCCGUAUCACAGACACUCCCCAGGAAAGUCCAAAUCCCCCUAACCCCUCUGGCCAGUGCCCCAUCUGCCGGUGGAACCUGAAGCACAAGUAUGGCUAUGAGGAUGUUCUGCUGCUCAGUCAGUUUAUCCGGCCUCAUGGAGGCAUGCUGCCCCGAAGGAUCACAGGCCUGUGCCAGGAAGAGCACCGCAAGAUUGAGGAGUGUGUGAAGAUGGCCCACCGAGCAGGUCUGUUACCAAAUCAUAGGCCUCCACUUCCUGAAGGAUUUGUUCCCAAAAGCAAGCCUCAACUCAACCGUUCCUCCCCCUUUCAGCCUGUCUAGCUGCCACUGCAACUGCUCUCUGUACAGGACCAAAGAUGGCUGCAACAAAGCAAGACUUAUCCCACCCCCUAGCAAACCUAGUGUGCAUCCCCAACAGAACCCAGGCAUGAGGGUAGGAGUCCAGGCAGAUACCAGCCACAGAUUGCUGGGCUAGGGGUGCAGGGCGAGAGUUGCGUUUUCAUUGAUGCCUCGCCCCACCCUGGCCCAUGCCUGGCUCCACCUGCCCUUCCCACAUUGCUCCCUGGGCCAUCUGCCAGCAGCCCUGGGGGAUCAAGAUCUAGUAACCUCUUCCUGUCUUUCCCAAAUGUGCUUUGGACCAUUUGGGGGUUGAACCUACCCCCACCCCCUGACUUGUUAAGAGACAGCAGCAGGCCUAAGGACACAAUCCAUCCUGCCCUCAGGCCUUUGAAGUGAGGCCAGGCUCCCUCCCAUAUAUCCGGUGUCCUUUAACGUGACACAGGAUUGAUGAUGUGUGGGGGCUCUUGGGUUGCAAAAGGCCACUCGGGGUGGGGGAGGGGGAGUCCUUGCUACGAUGGGAGUUUGAUUCCCUUGCAAGGGACUUUAUGAUUCUAUCCAGAGGCCCUUGGGCUUUGGGCCCCAGGGGAGCCCCACUUCCUCCUUCCCCUGCCCCUUCAGGAGAGGUAGGAAGGAGCCUUGGUUCUUCCUAGAGCUGGAAUCUUCCCAAAAAGCUGACUGGAGGCCACCCAGGCACCCCUCCCCACCAGCUGGCUGUUUCAUGUGGCACAGGCAUCAGGCCCAGGGCUAGCUGAAGCCCAGCUUCCUCAGGUCUCUCCAGGGCAGAGGGGAAGAACAGUUUUAGGGCAGCAGCUCUGGAGAACCUGGUCAGCCUGGUGGAUCUUCUGGGGUCCUGAAAUUCCAAUAAGCACUCCUUUUGGGGAACCAGCUUCCACACCCUAUCUCUUUACCCACUCCCUCUGGAGACUGGAAGAUGUAAGCCCAGGGGCCUUCCAGGUGUUCUUUCCCUUACCCUUUACUCCCCUGCUGUCCCAGCACCACCCGCCAUAGAAAAAGCAGUCCCUGGGGCCAGUCCACUCCUCAGAAGUCUCCCUGUUGGGAACAUUGACAUUGACAGGAGACUCAGAGAAGUCCUCCCCUGCCUGCCCACCUCACACUUAGCAUGCAGGCCAGCACCUCCCCUUUCUACUCCCCUCAGAGCUGUUUCCUUUGCACAGGGCUGAGAGCAGAAAGGUCAUGGUCCAGGGAACUCAGUUGAAAUGUUUAAGUCAGCAGUCACUUUUUCACUUUUAUCUAAAAAUUUUCAUCCAAGGGUGUGAUUAUUAUUAUUAUUAUUAUUAUUAUUAUUAUUAUUAAAAAUCUCAUUUGAGAGUUUUUAGAGGUGGCUGGGUUGAGUCGCCACCUAGAGUGGAGGCUGGGAAAGAUCCUGGCCUUUGCCAUAGCUCAGCUUUUAGGAUGAAGGGUGGGCCUCUCUGGACAGAAUCCAGGUUUCAUUCUGAAUGGAGUAAACCCCAAUCCCAGCCGGCAUGAGCCACUUUUCCGGGAACUAUCUGCGCCUUGGCCAUCCCCAAAGGAGGCCAAAGGACUGCGGGUGGCAGCCAUCUUUCCCCACCCUCUCCUACUUACCCCCCAUGAGCCCUCACCCUUGGCUCCCAUCAUGGGUUGAGUGAGGGGCAGGGGUCCUACACCAGUUAUGGCUGCCCAGGAGAGCUCCCUGAAGGCUGGGGUGAUAAAAUGAGCCAAGUGGGGAAGAGGGAAGGAUUCCUCCAGGCCCUUACAUCAGCCUCUCUCCCCAUGGCUGAGGCCAGAGAGGAAUGAUCUGCUCUCUGAGCAGCCUAUUCCUCUGCCUCCUCCCCCAGCAAAUACACAUAAACAUUGACAACUCAUAAAGAUCAAGGGAGCCUGUGGCCCUGGGCUGCCUGACCCUGGCCACACACGCUUACGGCAACAAGAACCCAGCCCAUCUGUUUACAGCACACUGCGCAGUUGCUCCCAGGAAAAGCCGCUGCUCCUCAAAGAAGGAAAACUAGAGGAAGGGUUUGGUUGGACAACCACAGCUUUGGCCUGAGGAGGCAGUGCCUACUCUCCCAGCUCCAGCAUGGGCCCCCAGCCCUCAGCCACUUUCUGGUCCUCCCUC